AGCGCGCGCGUUGCUAUAAACCACCACGCAAGCCAGCUUUGUUUCAAUCACCUCCUCAGGAAUUGAGACCACAACGAAAUAAUGGCGAGCAAUCGUUUUUUAGUCAUUUUGUUGUUACUCUCGUUUUUCUACACCACGAUAUUCGGAAUUCGUUGGGGUAUACAUCGCAAGCCGCCUACGGUGUCCAGAGAUUGUCGCGAUAAAUCCUCAUCCUGUUCUAGCUACAAGUCAUAUGGAUACUGCGAAUCACACAAAGGAUGGAUGAAGAAGAACUGCGCUAAAACCUGCGGUAUUUGCACAUCUGUUCGUCCCACAAAAAGUUGCCGUGACAACGCAAGAGUCUGUUCCAGAUAUCCUUCAAAUGGUUACUGUUAUAUGACGGGCAGUAGAGGUUGGAUGAAGCAAAACUGCGGCCGGUCAUGUGGAUUUUGCGGUCCACAAUGGUUUCAGAUUCACAGUUCAGCUUAUAAGAAAUGCCUCGCAGGGAGGAGGGACUCGAGAGAAUUGUCUUUACGUGAUUGCGCUCAAGACUCCUUCGAGCAAAAUUGGCGAUGGACAGCCGACGGGAGACUUCAGUUGGCUUUCAAGCGGAAAUGCCUUACUGUGACCUUCACCACCAGUUACAGAGGUAGAUCAUACGGGAUUUCGCUGCAACCAUGUACUUCCCGCAGGUGGUCUCAACAGUGGACCUGUACCUCCACUGGUUAUUUGAAGUUGAAGAACCGUAAUCUGUACUUGCUCCCAGUCCCUUCAAGAAGACGAGGACGUUUCAGUGUUAAAGUUACCAACAGAAUUACCAACAACUGUCGCUGGUCACGUUAUGGUUCCACGAAAUCGCUCUGUGAUGAUAGGAAAUCAUCGACGACAAGUAACCCAACCACUACCCAAAUUACUACCUCCACAACGACCGAAAUGCAUACAACAACGACUGUCCCACCUACAAGAACUACCCUUCCCCCACCGUCUGUCUCCACCACUGCUAUUGGUUCUCAGAAUCCUUGGUUUCAAAUAAGAUCUGCAGCUUUUAACAAGUGUGUAGCAUUGCGAGAUCGAUCAAAAUUGGCCGAGGAGUAUCGGUCAUGGGCUCCUCUGUUAACGCUUGAAACCUGCGAUAUAAAUUCGUCACGACAGCUUUGGCAGUGGGCAGGCAAUGGUCGUCUUAGGUUGAGCUACAAUGGGAAGUGUCUUGUUUCUAAUGUGUAUAAUGUGCCACGUUUUCAGCCAUGUAAUUCGGUGAGUCUAAACAAAGGAUGGUCGUGUGACGAAAACAAACUGAGAUGGGGGAACAGAAAGUUAUAUCUGUUGGCAUUCAUGUACAGUGGUCUGCCGUUUGAUUACAAUGUCAGAACGAUAAGGUGGACCUCGUGUGGCAGAAAUACAUGUGAUUGGUCCCGCGCAGAGACAGGGCGGACAGUUUGUGACAAUGGAAAAACAACAGCAACAAUACCACCUAGUACUCCAGAAGUAACUACACCUACAACAACAACUAACUUGCCUUCAACAACGACCAAACCACCUUCAAAAAAUAACCCAACAACGACUAACCCACCUUCAGAAACGACAGCGUCUUCAGUUUCGUAGUUUCGUCCACAAAUGGUUUACAGGCAAAUUAAUUUUAUUCACUAUGAAACUUUGUAAUUACCAUAAAAUUCCGACACAACAUUUUUGCGGUUUUGGAUUAUAACAAAAAUUAUAUCAAAGAUUAUAU